CGUUCGGUCGCGCGCGCACGUCUUCGCAUCGGCGCGCUAGCUACCUGCUUCAUCGAGGUCCCUCGGCAUGGAUGCGUCGAGCGCUAGCGGCGAGAGCGGCGGCGGCGGUGGCGCGGGGGGCGGUCGUGGGGGCAGGAGGUGGAAGGGCAAAGGCGGCGUCACGCCCAUACAGCCGCGGCGGCAGCUGGCGCCGGUCAUGGAGGACGCGUCGGCGGCGUCGCUGCGCCCGCACAAGAAGAUCGGGCGGGCGCCGGACCGCUUCCAGCGGUCCGCGUCGUCGCUCUCGACGACGGCUUCGUCGUCGGCCCCGCCUUCCCCUCGCGCCAGCGCCGCCUCGCCGACGCCGGCGGAGUCGUCGCCGCCCUCCGCACGGCGCAUCUUCCCGUUCGCGUACGAGCCCUCGGCGCCGCCGGUGGGCGGGGCCCCGCGGCUGCAGCUCCCGCCGUGGCAGCACUCCAGCGCGUCGCAACCGGCGUCGCCGCAGCAGGCGCCGUUGCAGCGUCAGCAGAUGAUAUCGUUCGGCGCGCCGCCGCAGUUCCAGGCGCAGUUCUUUUUGCCGGAUGGCUCGCCGCAGCACCAGCAGCAGCAUCUGCUGCGGUACUGGAGCGAGGCGCUGAACCUGAGCCCGCGCGGCGGCCAGGCCGCGGCCGUGCUGCCGUCGCUGUACCAGCACCUGGUGCGGGCCCCGCCGCCGCCGCAGAAGCUGUACCGCGGCGUGCGGCAGCGGCACUGGGGGAAGUGGGUGGCCGAGAUCCGGCUGCCGCGGAACCGCACGCGGCUCUGGCUCGGCACGUUCGACUCCGCCGAGGACGCCGCCAUGGCGUACGACCGCGAGGCCUUCAAGCUCCGCGGCGAGAACGCGCGGCUCAACUUCCCGGACCGGUUCUUCGGCAAGGGCCACGCCGGGGGCAGCGGCCGCACCAGCGCCACCUCCGCAGCCGCCCCGACCACUGCCGCGGGGUCUGGCUCCUCCUCCUCCUCGUCGCCUCCACAGACUCCGGACGAGGCAAGCACACAACAAACGCCACCGCCGCACGCAGAAGGAUCGUUGGACAAGCAGCCACAGCCUCCGGUGGCGACAUCGUGGCAGCAAGAUGUCAGCUCUAAAACCAUGCCAGUCUCGGGUGAAAUGAUUCACGCGCCGGUGGCUCAUGGCAGCGAGUGGGGUCCGGCCGACGAGGCUUGGUUCAACGCGUGGGGGCCAGGAAGUUCCUUCUGGGACUACGACAUGGACAGCAACCCAGGCCUCUUUCUCCAUGGUCGCUUCGCCGGCGAUGAGGCCACCAUGGAGCACUCCACCGCACAAGAAACCACAGCGGCAGCGGCAGCCGGGACGGACAUGUCAUGCGAUCACGUCCCGGUAACACCUGCUUCUUCUUCUUCCCCACUUCACUCGCAGUCUCCCCAUUCUCCUUCCUUCAUGGACUAAACAGCACACCCUGAUAUCUUGCUGAUCCCAUUGUUUCAUCUGCACGGCAGUAAUAACACUAGCUAGGAUAGAGAUGCACGCAGGUUCAGGUUUUAAAGACAACUUGCGGCAUCACACAGAUUCAUUUCACAGCAGCAUUCAUGAACCAUUCACCCAUGCCUUUUCUUCCUCAAACACUUCUUCUGAAACCCACCAGGAAACCCUGCUCUAGGCUGCAAUUUUUAGGUCAGCUGCUAGGGCUACCUGUCAAUUUCUCUCUCCCAUGAUGUGCAACAGCAUGCAUCCUCUACAGAUGACUCAUGUGUUUUAGAUAUUUCUUAGACUCUUGGAAGUGUUCUUCAGUUUGUUUGCAACAUUAUGUUACUGUUUCAUGCGAGAUGGGUUCGGUCACUGAUUCAUCAGCUGCGGAUUCUUAGUGUUAGUAAAAAUGGGUUUAGCAGCUUAAUAUGUGUGUGUAUGUUGUGCUCUGAUUUAUUUUCAUGUACCUUGACCAUGCAUUGCUUUGGAAAUGUCAGGCAUCAAGUGUGUGCGUGCAUGCACGUUUUGUGAUUGCUGUAACGAUGUUCAUAGUUCUUAACCUUCUUACAUGUAGAGGGGAUAUUCCGGCCUUCUUGAA